AUGUCGUCCUUACUUUAUAUUCCUCGUUCGUCAUUCAAUGAAGAAGAUUUGAAAAGUCUCGCUACUUUAUGUUUAUCACAGGAUCAAGUUCGUGUCGAUACGCAUGGAGGUCGUCGAGCAGCAUUUCAAUAUUUAUCGCAAUUAAAAUCAUUCGGUAUGGAUUUAUCACCUUAUAUUGAUUUAAAAACAUGGGACAAAUUAAUAAAAAAAAUUGAGAAAAUAAAAAAAUUUGACUAUUAUAAACAAAAUUUUGAUGAAAAUAGAGAUAAUACAUUUGAAAAAUAUUGGGAAUUAAAUAGUGAAUCACGUAGAAUUGAUUCAAAAGCUAAAAAUAAUCGAAAAUAUACAACGGAACAUUUUCAACCUGAACAGUUAAAAGUUUAUUUUAAUAAAAAACAAAUUGAAAAUAUUCCUUAUUCAGAAGCUACUUUUGAAUCAAGUGGUUUUGUUGACAGUGAUGUAAGAGAUAACAUGAGAAAAUAUCCAAUUAAUCAACGAAAAAAUAAAGGUCAAAUAAAAACAAUUCAAGGAAGAAUUGAACAAGCUGUUUUUCAUGUUCCACCUGGAAAACAAAUUAUUAUUUUAGAUUUUGCAGAUGAUAGAAUGCCUGGAGGCCUUUUUCUUUAUGGUGCUUCAACACAAGAAGAAACAAUUUGUUAUAAUUCGAAUGCAUAUCGAGCUUUACUUGAUUUUAAAUAUCAAAGAUUCGAUGGAGGUUUUAUGAUUCCAGAAUUUGGCUGUUUAUAUAUUAAAAAUGUGAAAUUUUUUCAACCAGUAGAUCCUAAUGUUAAUAAAAAUGUCGAUAUAAUUGCUGCUGCUUGCUAUGAUUUAACAGAAGUACAUGGAUUAUAUAUUAAAAAUAAAGAAGAUAAAAAUCUCCACAGUUGUACGAAAAAAAAAUUUGAAACAAUAAUUGCUUCUGCACAAGCGAAUAGUGAUGGCAAUGGAGAAAAUACUUAUCUGAUUUUAGGUCCAAUUGGAUGUGGAGCUUUUGAAAAUGAUAUUAAAACUAUUACUGAAUUAUGGGAGAACGUUUUAUCAAGUCCAUUAAAUGAAAAUUUAAACACUAAACAACAUCAUGCUUUUGAAGAAGUUUGGUUUCUUAGUGGAAAAGAUGAUAAAUUAGAAAUUUUUGAAAAAGUUUUCCAACUUAAUCCGAAAGAAAGAAUGCAAGCUCGACCUAAUUGA